GAAUCACUUAAGAUUGGACCACAAUCCUACCAUGGGAUCUGUGAUGGAGUUCUUGAAGGCCGCUCGAUUGGACGCGGAUGCUAAGGGGGAACCGAAGGGAGACAAGGGGGGUGAUGACAAAGGGAAGAACCUGAAGGGGAAAGGCCCGAGGCAUUUCAGGCAAAGGCAUCGUCAUGCCAAUGCGUUGACUCUGAAUCUUGACCUCAUUGGGCCCUGGACGGCCGGUGAUGACCAUGCCCUGGCAGGACCCGCGCGGCACAUCCUAGUGGCGACUCUUGGAGUCCCCAUCCUCAAGGAUGGUAGGCCACUUCCUCUUGAAAAGGAGAAAGAAGGAGAAGAGAAAGAGAGAGAAGAAGGGAAUGAAGAUGACGGAAGAGGUGUGGGACCCAUAGAUACUGGAGAUGGGGACCGGCAACUGGUGCUUGAAGAUCCAGAGAGUAGGGAAGAGAGCGAAGAGGGAGAACUUUCCCCAGAAGAAUAUGCAGCACUCUAUGAGAGACAAGAAGCCAAGUGGCGAGAAAUCGCCAAGGACCUUCAGGAGCCGGUUCAAGUGCAUGAAGUGCUGUUUGCAGAGCCUCUCCGGUCCAAGCGGUCCGAGGAAGUGCUCCGAGGCAUUCAGCGUAUCUACUCCAAAAUCACGGUGAUGAACCUUUCGGUGCGUAGGUUUCAUGUUGCGCCAGUUGUCUAUGCGGGAGUUCGAGAUCCGAUCAAGUUUGUGGGAGAUGUGGAUGGUGAGGACUGUCAUUCCCUUUGCCUCCCACCGAUUCUUUACCACCGGCGGCAGAACCUUCGUCUGGCAGCGCGGAAGUUGAAGCGGAAGGAGGCUGGUGAGCAGGUCGAAAUCCUGCCGGCUAAGGCCAUCUUCCAGAGGAAAGGGCAGCAGGGCAUCGUACUCGGAGUCAUGGAUGGCGUACUUCAGGCGGGAUUCGCAGCCCCAGGCGAGUAUUGGGAGAUCACGGGUGCAUUGUACGGACUGCAGACCAGUCCAGCAGACUGGGCGAUUUAUCGAGAUGAGACAUUGCCCACCCUUGAGGUAUGGUGUGACAAUCAGACAACACACCUGCAGAGAUCCAAGUAUGAUCAAAACCUGUGGCUUCUUUACUGCCCGAAAACUUCGAAGUUGAUUGCAGCCUUAACGAUCUACGUCGAUGAUCUUUUGCUGUCUGGGACUCCAGAGGCAUCCAGGGCAGUGUGGGAGGCAAUCAAGGCGAAGUGGAAGAUCAGCGAACCGGAGUAUGCUGAUCAAGGGGUGGUGACCUUUUGCGGAUUCGAGAUCAGACAGCAGCCUGAUGGAAUCCAUGUUGGACAGGCCAAGUACGUUCAGUCGCUGUUGGACAAGUACUCCAAGGUGCUGGGCACGGCUAGCUGUCCGUACGCUCGCGAAAGCGAGGUCAUAGAUGCGAAGCCGCAGGAGUCGAUCGACAAGUUGCGUCGUGCACAAGCAGUAGCUGGAGAACUUCUCUGGCUUGCUACACGCACGAGACCAGAUCUCGCAUUCGGCGUGAGUCGUAUCGGCCAACUCAUCACCCGAGACGUCGAUCAAGCUUUGCGUCAAGGACAUGGCACAGCGGAUCAACUUCCCAUCGCGAGAGAUUUUAAUCUCAUCGAGGUGUUUGCUGCGGAGCUACAGUCAUCGCUGGAUGGAAUGACUUUGGCAGAGGGCAUCUAUGGACUACUUGAAGAACUAGCGGAAGCUCCUCAACAAGCAUUUCUUUACAAUGACAACGUUGGUGCUUGCACGGUCAUGACAAUACAUGCUUGGGGAUCUGUGCACAAAGGAGUCGACUUCAUCAUCUAUUUUUACAUCGACCUCAUCGUCUUCAUCAGGUCAACCUGUGGUGCAAAAGGUUGUUAUGAGCCCAAGUGGCCAAUAACUUUCCUCCACUGCGCCAUGGAAGAUGUGAGCACGCGGCGAAGACUGGGCAAUUCGUCCAGCAAUCCACCUGAAGCUGCUAGUAGCCCAUCAGCAGAGGAUCAGUCGAAGUCCCGACCGAGGGCCCAGGACGACACUGCAGAAAAGACGACGACACCUGAUCAGCGAGGUGUGGCCAGAGGAUCUGCGGAGAGAGGUUCUGGGAAGGGUCAGGGGGAGACGGCGGCCAUUGCCGAUGAAGGGGCAUCUACAGCUGCGGGUGCUACAGUGAAUCCUUUCUGGUCAGAGCGAGCUAAGAGGGAGGCUCAAUUGGUGGCGGCACGCCCCGAUUUCCUUGGAGGAGAAGUGCGGGGCCUGAACACCCUGCUGGUGCGCCAGUUAGCUUUGGACCACCCGCUGCGGUGCAGACCACAGUGGGUGAACAAGAAGCUGCGGGAACUGGUCAGCCUGCUGGAGAGCCUGGGUUGCGACCUGCGGAGCGUCAGGUUCUGA